GCGUUAACACAGUACUGAUGCGUCUUAAUGAAUGAACGAUGCUGUGAGGUUAUAGUGCCUGGCUUCAGGACAUAAACCGGCAGCAUGUCGGGUCACGCAGCGCUUCAUUUCCCCCUAAAAUGGUCUUGUGGUCGGUCGGCAUGUUAGCUGCUCUGCUACAAACACUUCUGGCACACCUGCAGCUAUAAAGUUAGCUUGUUUUCUCAGGCCCCCGACGUCCCUCCCAUCGAUCGCUUCCUCCCGUGUUCAGACCUGCAGAAGAAUCCGUCUGGGACACAUCAGCCCGUGACCCGAACCUGAUCGCCUCCAGCCCACCCACCCAUCCAUCCACCCAUCCAUCCACCCAUCUUCUCUGUUCUCUCAAUCAAUCAGCAGACUCUUCUGCACCGUUUGUUCCUCAGACUGAGCUCCAUGGACCCGUCAUCAUCAUCAUCAUGAGACUCGGCAACACCCCCCUUUGCUUCCUCCGACCCCUCCUACAGUCCUCACUGCGCCCCCUGCGCCAUCGCUGCUGUCUGUCAACGUUCUUGGCCAAUGGCAGCAUAGCAUCGCGCAGGCGCCUCAGCACAGAUGGCCCCGCCCUUCAGCCUGUGAUUGGGCAGGACUCGGUGGAGGUUUUGGGCCACUCCUACCCCCGCGAUGACUUCACCAACGUCACACCAAAGAUAUUAGCCAAGGUCGGCCGCAAUCUCCACAACCAAUCCCAUCAUCCUCUGUGGCUGAUCAAGGAGCGGAUCAAAGCACACUUCUACAGUGCCUACACCGGCCGCUGGGGGAACCCUCUCUUCUCCGUCCACGACAACCUGAGCCCCGUGGUGACGGUGGAGCAGAACUUUGACAGCUUGCUGAUCCCGCCCGACCACCCCAGCAGGAAACGAGGAGAUAACUACUACCUGAACAGGAAGACGAUGCUUCGCGCCCACACCUCCGCCCACCAGAGGGAGCUGGUGAGGUCCGGUCUGGAUGCCUUCUUAUUGGCCGGAGACGUUUACAGGCGGGACGAGAUCGACGCCAGUCACUACCCCGUCUUCCACCAGAUGGAGGGUGUCCGACUCUUCUCCAACCACGAGCUGUUUUCCAGGGUGCACGAUGGCGAGGAGCUGUCCCUGUUCGAGUGUGGAGGUCGGCGGACGCCUCAGAAACAGGAAGCGCACAGUCUGGAGGCCGUCAAGCUGCUGGAGUUCGACCUGAAACACACUCUGACUCGACUCGUCACUCACCUGUUUGGAGAAGAGGUGGAGGUCCGGUGGGUCGACUGUUACUUCCCCUUCACUCAUCCCUCCUUUGAGAUGGAGGUGCGUUUCCAGGGCAACUGGAUGGAGGUGCUGGGCUGUGGACUGAUGGAGCAGGAGCUGCUGAUCUCAGCCGGAGCAGGAAACAAGGUGGGCUGGGCGUUCGGUCUGGGCCUGGAGCGACUGGCCAUGGUCCUGUACAGCAUCCCAGACAUCCGGCUGUUCUGGAGUCAGGAAGAACGCUUCCUCAAACAGUUCAGAGUCCAGGACAUCCAGCAGCCCGUGUGCUUCCAGCCUCUCAGUAAGUACCCCCCCCUCCACAACGACAUCUCCUUCUGGCUGCCGGACAGCACAGACGGCUUCAUCCAGAACGACUUCUACGAGCUGGUGCGCUCGGUCGGAGGAGACCUGGUGGAGAAAGUGUCUCUGGUGGACGAGUUCAAACACCCAAAGCCCGUCAGACGCUCGCUCGCUAUCCAAACACUUCAGAAGUCCACUUCCAGGCUGCAAACAAAAUGCUCAGCACCAGAAAUAACUCGUCCGUCUUCGUCGGCCGCCUCACGUGGGGAACUUGUUUGUUGUGCGGAUGACAUCAUGCUGGAGACCAGAUGGGCGAUCAGCUGCUUCGGCCUGCGACCAGAGGACGGAGCUGAACCCGAGCAAGUCCAGCUUUUCCACGUCAGAGAUCACAACUCUCAGGACUAACUCGUCCAGAUGCGU